AUGUGCGAACUUUUGAAACAACGCGAGUUGAAACGACACGAACAAGUCGGAGGAGGAACAGAAGUCGGAGACGAGGAGAACAACGAGUUUGAUAAUAAUAAUAAUAAUAAUAAUAAUAAUACAAAUAGUUACGACGAAGGGAUGCCAAUAGAUGAACACGACGAUGAAGAAGAAGACGAAGAAGAGUUUGUGCCGUUAUACCCAACCCCACACGCACCGUUUGAAACGGAGAUUCUGAUGUUGAAGGAGUUUAAAGAAAAAGGCGUGCGGGUCGGGAAACACGAAAGACAAAUGAUUCAAAAGUUUAUCGAGGGUAUUGUUGAACUUGAUCUGACCAAAGCGGAAACGUUGAUGUUGAUUAAUUUGAGACCGAGCGGGAAGAAGAAACACGCGAUUGUGAAAGCGAUUGUGGAGUCGAGCGCAGAACGCUUCGCAAGCGAGGAGGAGUUGGACGACUUGUUGACUUUAGUGAAGAAAUAUUUGUUAUAA